CACGCUCACCUCAUGCCCUGCCAGGUAGCAGCAGGCAGCAAAUGCUCCUUGCCUCGAGCCACACGCCACGUUACGACACGGGAAUGCGCAUGCACGUCAUCCUUCACUGGCUACCAGCGCCCCGGAUUGGGCAACCCAAGUGGGGCCGCGCCAGCAACCGUUGACCAGUAAGACGGCGGCCAGGGUAAACAGAGGGCGCGUCGCAAACAACGCGACACAGCGCAGCGCACGCAGCAACGGCAGGCAAAAUGGCGAAUUCACAACAGCAGGAGAACAUGCUGCUGACGGAGCACUUCUCCUGGCCGCCAAUCAGUCUCAUCGACGACAUAAUCAACGCCGUCAACGAAGUGCUGUACCGCUGCACCGACACCUUCGAGACGGGCAUAUCGGGCGCGCCGCCGCACCUCCUCGGCUUCGCAGACCGCUACGCAGCGGAAAAGCGCAGCCCCGAGAAAGACGAAGACGGCGAGGAUGUGUUUCCCGACGCCGCACUCGAGAUCGAGGAGGGCGUGCUCAAGCUCGAGACGCUGAUGGAAAACGCCGUCGACAAGAACUUCGACAAGCUGGAGAUCUGGACGCUGCGCAACGUGCUGUGCCUGCCGCGCGGCGAGGAGGAGCUGGCCAACUGGGUGCGCCUCGGGCACUACAGCGGCCUCGACACCACCAAAGCCGCCGUCGACGGCAAGCGCUGGACCCCCGAGAAACUCUACACCCUGCGCCGCAAGCUGCUCGAGACCCAGAAGCUGCACGCCGCCCUGCUGGCCGAGAAGCAGCGCAACGCCGCCCACCUCGCCCAGCUCAACGCCCUCCUCCACUCCGCCGCCCCGCUGAAGCGCGAAAGCACCACCCCCGACCCUGCACCCCCCGCCGCCUCCUUCGCCUUCCUCACCCACACCCCCGCGAGCCAGAACCUCGGCAUCGCCCCGCUCUCCUCCGCUGCUCCCAACACCGCCCCCGCCACGCCCCUCACAACACACUCCUCCUUCACAACCUCCCAGCUGCCGUACCUGCGCCAGCUGCUGGCCAAUCUGCGCCCGCACCUCGCCAGCACUGCGCUGCCGUCCAGCGCGCCCGCUGACGCCGACGACGCGUCGCGCGAGCGCAAGGCCUACCUCGAGUCGCAGAGCAAGCGCAUCCUGGAGCGGCGCGGCGUGGACACGAAAGAGGGCGUGGAGGGCGCCGUGGAGGGUGGUCGCGUGCGCGCCGAGGAGGUGCGGGGGCUGGAGAGUAUUGUCGAAGCGCUGGGGCGGGGGCGGGGGCGAGGGAGUGCAGUGGUGAAAGACGGGGAGGCGAUGGACACGAGCUGAGAAGGCCGUGGUUUGGACAGCGCGGUUUGCUUUUGGGAGUGGGCUACGGUUGGGUUGGAUGAUACCAGUUGACUUUUGGCGUACGGCGCACGAAUCCACGAUCCCUUACCCCGUCCAGACACGUCCGUGAGAGUCUGCGACCGUCCCUCAGUAUCUCCCUGCUUUCCGCUCUUCCAUCAC